AUGAAAGUACAAGGGGAAAUAGUAGAGGAAGUAGUAAAGAAAGUAGUUGGAGAAGUAGUAGAGGAAGUAGUAGAGGAAGUAGUAAAGAAAGUAGAAGAGGAAGUAGUAGAGGAAGUAGUAGAGGAAGUAAUAGAGGAAGUAGCAAAGAAAGUAGAAGGGGAAAUAGUAGAGGAAGUAGUAGAGGAAGUAGAAAGGAAAAGCCCUGAGUACGGCAUGGGCACCACCACCACCUCCACCCUGGUGAUCAACGUGACGAGGGAACAUGACCAGGCAGCUGUAGUGUGUCAGGCCAAGAACCCUACCAGACCCAAGUCCCCGCUUACCAAUACCACCACUCUUGUCGUUCACUAUCCCCCGACGGUGAACGCUACUCUGGGUCGGACGCUCAAGCCCUCACUACUGAAAGAAGGAGACGAUGUUUAUUUUGACUGUAUCGUGUCCGCCAACCCUGAGGCCUCCUCUAUCACCUGGUAUCACGAGGGCACGGCGCAGGUACAGAACGUAACACAGGGGGGGAUCUUAGCAGGUGAGUCACUAGUACUGCAGAAGGUUGGACGACGACAAGCUGGCCAGUACACGUGUGCCGCCACUAACACCAUCACCACCACUACCAGCCCGCCAGUGACACUCAGGAUCAAGUACACGCCAGAGUGCCUAACGUCCCCAACUACUUACUUCAUCUACGAUAAGCCAAUCAACAUCACCUGCACCGUCUCCUCAUACCCGGCCGUCAAGAGCAUCCAAUGGCAGUGGAACAAUAGCAAUGAGAUCAUCAGCGAACAGCCAAUCACCGAAUCGCUAGACAGGGCAUCAGCACAGCUCACAGUGAACCCCGUGGCUAGUCCAGAGGAUCGGGCACUCUCCUGUUGGGCGGUCAACGAGAUGGGUAAACAAACAAAGCCGUGUGGGUUCUCUGUGAAGGUGGCCCAGACGCCGUUGCCGUUGUCGUCGUGUCGUCUGGCCAACAUCACCGCCUCCUCCCUUAGCCUUACCUGCCAGAGACCUGACGUCACCGCUGCUGGGAUGACACUCUACAGAGCCGAGGUGUACUUCGAGAACAGGACGCUCUUCGCCAACGUGACGUCACAUCGGCCUAACUUCAACGUGAGUCGGCUGGACGCUGGCACCAGUUACCAGAUCAAGGUGCAUCACCCACGGUCCUGUGACCUCCAGCCCGUGGUGGUGUCUGCCUAUACCUCCAGGACCUCCAGGACCUCCACAGGUGUGACCUCCCAGCCCGUGGUGGUGUCUGCCUAUACCUCCAGGACCUCCAGGACCUCCACAGGUGACUCCAGUUCAGAGGACAGCGGCACGUCCGUAGGUGGGGUUGUGGGCGGCCUAGUGGUGACGGUAGUAGUGCUAGUGGGCGUGGUGGCGGCCAGGAAAUACUGUAGGAGGCGCAGUAGAAUGAAGCAAGACCCACGUCCUCCCUCUGACGACAGUAACCCCGACGUUGUUCCCAACAUAGAGGAGACCUACGACCUUCUCUCAUCAGCUGAGAGCAAGGCAGACGCUACCCUUUAUGAGGUGUUGGAUGGCUCUAUGGCUGAGGAUAUACCCAUGUAUCAACCCUUCCUCCGGCAGGAUUCCCUGGGCCAACACUCGGACUCCUAUCACCCACUGGUGCUACAGCAACACUCGCCUAAGGAGAUCGACGACUACCCUGGCGUGAGGACCGACCUGUACUGCCCCGUCGACCAGCUGAUGCAGGCUGAGGAGAGCGUUGUAUGAGAGGGUCCCCGUGUGUGUUGGAGGACGCGAGCUGCUGGUGUAGUGGAGGACAGUGACAAUUUGGAGGAUUUUUGGAGAAAGAUGAUGGGGGAGAAGUUUAUAUUCGGUGAGAUUCUGUGAACGUGACCAUUGAAGAAUUUUUGGAGGAAAAGUGUGAAGAUAAGUUUUGUAGGGACUCUAGGAGGAAAAUUGUGGAGGAAAGUGACAAAUUUAAGGGAAAAGUCUAAGAUCUAAGAUGAAAAGAUUGGAAAUAUUUGUGGGAGAAAAGAAUAAAGGUCAAGUUAGUUUAUGAGGUAAUCUAAAAGAAAGAAACGGAGCAAAAUGACAUAGGAGAGACACUUGUAGGAGAAGUUUGUAUUGGAGAGACUUUAAGAGAAGGUUAAGGUAAAGUAUUGUAUAAGGACAUUUGUGUCUUAGAGAGAUAUAAGGUAAGAAAAGAGACUUAUCUUCAAGACACUUUUGAAGGAAGAGGCAGAAGGAAAAAGUUUGUUAGUAGAGACGAGGAAGAUACUGAAUUUUGGAGGAAACUAGACAAAAUCUCUCAUCUUGAAGGUACUUUUGGAGGAUAAAUUUACCUUUAAGAAACUCAGAGAAAAAAGUUAAGAGACAAGUAGUAUAUCGAGGGAAAAAAUAUCUCGGACUUACACUGGAAAGAGACCAAGAAAAGUGUUGGAUUUUGAGGAUAAAUUAUUAUGAAAAGGUAAAGUAGAGUGUCAAAUGUUAAGUACACUUUAGUAGGAAAAUACCAAAUUGUUAAAUCUUGAAUAAACCCAAGAUGGAAAAACCCGAUAAGAACGUUAUAUCUUGUAAAGGAAAACUCAAAGGAAAAUAUCAUUCCUUGUGUAAUUAUUCAGGAAAAAACCUAAAAAAUCCCAUCUUGAAAAAAAUAAAAAUAAAUAAAAAUAAAAAAUUGUUCAAUAAAGUAAUAUUUUCUCGCUUGGAAAUGGAAAAAAAAUCGAACAUUGACGACCAGAAAGACGAAUCCUUUUUAGAUACGUCAAUAGGGAGUGAGUUUCUAAGGUGGCCAUCUCGAGGCACUGAGCACCUGAGACAUAGACGAGAGUUUGAGAAGAAUUGGCCGCCAGAUAUCGUUACGGUGUACAUUGUGGCCACCAUUACCAGGAAGGAGAAAUGUUGCAUUAAUUUCCUGGUGCUCUUGUUAAUGAGGAAAUAUUAAUGACGGUGAAACAAGAGACGAGAGAAACGAUGGAGCCAGAUGGGUUGUGUGACUCUGUUUUGUUUCUUUAACGGAGAGAAAAGUUUAACCUGUGGAAAUGGUCAUAAAGGUGAUAUUUAGUCACGUAAAGAGAGUGAGAGAGAAAGAGAUAAGAGCUGAGACAAGAGACCUGACUAUCCUCAGUAACAGGUAACGGAGGUAACAUUGUACAAGUAACACCUGUUACUCUACUGUUACUGGUGGUGGCACCUGAACGGCGGCAGCCAGGUGCUUACUGCUGUACAUCAGGUGGGGAGAACCAGCAGGUGGUGAGAACCAGCAGGUGAUGAGAACCAGCAGGUGGUGAGAACCAGUAGUUGUUGAGAACCAGCUAGUGGUGUGAACCAGCAGGUGGUGAGAACCAGCAGGUGGUGAGAACCAGCAGGUGAUGAGAACCAGCAGGUGGUGAGAACCAGCAGGUGAUGAGAACCAGCAGGUGGUGAGAACCAGCAGGUGAUGAGAACCAGCAGGUGGUGAGAACCAGCAGGUGGUGUGAACCAG